AUGUCUCUUGACCAGCCUGAUGACCACCUCUGGUCUGCUGCCAGCCAACUCAUUGAGGGGGUUGCAUUCAUGCAUGCUCAACUCAUUGCACACAUGGAUCUCAAACCAGAUAAUAUCAUCAUCCUCUUGAGGGUGGUUAUCUCUCCAUCAUUAGUUUUAGCUUGCCUAUCUGCUUGCAGUGGGAAAAAACAAAAGUUCUGUGGUAUAGCUGGCACCACAGGGUACAUUGCACCAGAAGUUGAAUGGGGUGAUGCAUACAAGCUGAUCCAGGCUGACCUGUGGAGCUGGACCCCAUGUAGUCAACUUUUUUGUGGGUAG